GCGUAAUGUGUGUUGGUAAGCAUGGAUAAUUUACUCAAUAUAGGUGUUAGUGGUCAUUAAAUAACGUUUUGCUUUUUAUUUUGGCUCAUAACAUUUGUUUUGACGUGACUUACACCAUUAUGUUAUUUAUCACUUUUGUUUAAAACUCUGUAUUUGUUUUUGCUGUUAAAUAAUGUCUGUUACACCUCAAGAAAUAUUGCAAGUCAAAACUUUUUUGGAACAACGAUUUGUUUCCACUUCAUCUGAAUGGAUUGGAGCCUGCAUUACAUUUUUGAAAGAAGAGCAUAACCAGACUCUCUCCUUGCAAAAUUUAAAAGAUUAUGUGUAUCAACAAUGGCUUGAUGCAGAUUUGGAGGAAAUUGGUGUUUCAUCAUUACCUCAAGAAUUAGUUGGAGCCCAAAAAAUUACUCUGAAUGGUUGUUUUGCAUUACAGGUAGAAGGCAUAAGAGAUAUUGGCCGGCCGGCAUAUUCUCAGUUGAAAGAAUUGGAUAAAGAUGUUAAUACAAAUGCUGAAUUUUCUGCUGCACCUGAACAAACUCUUCCUCUGUGGGAAUCUAAACCUACCAGAAUGUUGAUGUUGAAUUUGACAGAUGGCUGUAUCCAUGUGCAGGGUAUGGAAUACAAACCUAUUAAUAUUCUGUCUCCAAAUUUACCACCUGGUACAAAGGUUUUAAUACGAGGGCCUGUUGAUUGCAGGUUUGGAAUCUUGUUGUUAACUUCAGACAAAAUAAAAAUCUUAGGUGGAGAAGUUGAAAGCAAAUUAAUUAUGUUCUCAAGGAAGGCAAUUUUAAGAGAAGCAUUACAGCUUCCUCCUGAAGUUGAAUCAGAAUCAGUGCCUAGUGAUGAUCUCUCUGAUGCUGGUGGAUCAAACAGUGUCGUGAAUCAGCCGAAUCCUUCAGCUUUCGCACCACAUGGUCAAUAUGAUUCUUUUCAGAAUGAUACAAAUUCAACAUUAAAUAUGCAUUCUAAUAAUCUUGGUUCUGGAAAUCAAAAUCCAAGGAGAGAUACAAGAAAUAAUCAAAACAUCAAUGAUAGCAAUAACUCCAUUCGCAGAAAACAAACAACUCUCCCCUUUUCUAGACAGCAAAAUAAUUUUUCUUCAAGAAACAAUGUUUCUGAUUUGGAAAACAUUGACAACUUGGAAGCUUUUGAAGAAGAUGAUGAAUUUGAGCAAAUUUUAGAUUAUGGAGCUCUUGAUGAGAUAGAGAAAGAAAGUCUGAAUAAAUCCAAUGAAGAUCAAAUACCCAAUGAAGAGCCUGAUAUUUGGGCUGAAGAUGAAGAUAUGGUUCAAGACAUGUUGGCAUUUCAAGAUGAAGAUCCUGGAUUCCAGUUUCCUUUUGCUGAAUUAUCUAAUGAAAAAACUGAUUCAAAAGUGGAUGACAGCAAACCUUUCACUUAUCUGUUCAAACCAUUACAAAAUCCAUCAUCUGACUGUACUGUGACGAUCAAGGGUUUUAUUAUAACUGUUUUGUCAAAGUUAGAAUGUACUAGAGAAAAAGGAUGGAGCCUAAGAGUAAAAAUAAAUGAUGGAACAGCAACUUUGGAUGUAAAUAUUCAUGAUAAGGUUCUAGAAAAUAUUAUUGGUAUUUCAGCAUCAGAUGUGAUUAAUAUUCAGUCGCCAACAUACGAGAAUCCGGGAAAAAGGAAGGAAGUCAUGGAGGCCAUUUCAAAGUGUAAAAAGACUCUUCAAAAUUACAACUGCCUGAUGGAUGUGAAAUUUACUCCUGGGUCCAAACCAUGCCUUGUGAAGGCAUAUCCCAUGAGUCCUCUACAUGUUCAACAACUUCGUCAAAGAGUUGAAUUUAGUUCCUAACUAUGAUGUUUAUAAUUUUUGUAAAUAAUUCAUGUAAAUAAAAAUUUACAUUUUCUGGUUUUUUAAAUAAACAUUUUGCGGUUACUUUUUUGAAUUAAGGAUUAUGGUAGACUAAUGACAAUGUCUAGACAUCACAUUUGAAUAGUUGCAAGUCUGCGUCUUGAUUCCAUCAUCGAAAUAUUACAAGAGAUAAAAUUAUAAAUGGCUCAUUGUAUACUUGAUAAGAAAAUAUCUUCUUCAUCCAUUAUUAGAAUUAUUUUUUUAUUUAUAUU